AAGACGUUCAAUCCCGUUUCUCCCCGCCGUUCCUCGGUUCGGCCCGGUGUCCCUUCUGCUCGUGUGACCACGUGCUAGUGCAUAUCGUUUGAACUUCCUUUCGAUUAGAAGUACCAUGACGAUCAACGUAACUCCGCCUGGAAACGUGCGCCGCAGCUACUAUGCGCUUGCGCCGUGGGGCAUCCCAAUAUAGCAGACCAUAUGAGACGAUAGCAUGAGCUAUUUCAGACCAUAGCAUGGGGAGUAACGCCGUCGCGAAGAACGGUAGUGAACUUCCCGUUCCCAAUCGCCUCCGCGAUACGAACAGGACCGUUCCGAUGAGUAAUCUCAGCCACUCAGCAACAGGCGCACGAAGCGGCACGGGAAACAGACUCAGUCAUACUAUGCGCCUCGAAAACGGUGUCGGACACGACCAAAUUCAAGCCUCGGAAGUGCGAUCGAUCGCAGUCACGAUUCCAGCUCCUUCCGAGGAAGCGGGUGGCGAAAAUAAUUGAAAGUAACUGGAAUCGUGGCAGAAAUGGCGCCGGAGACAGCCACGAUUUCCUUCCGCGAUUGUUCCUUCCCUCGGAAAUGGCACCGAAAUCCACCGUCGUGUCUCUCUAUGUAGCCUUCUCGUCUGACGCACCCUAACACGGCCUUUCACCUCCCGCCUUGGCUCCACCUCUCCCUUGUAUCAUAAAGUGCGCUGAAAAGGACAGAACUCUAGGAUCAUAGCUCGAGCUCCCAUUUUUCUUCUCGGGAACGUUGUGAAGGCGAGCGAUUAAGCGAGUAAGCGAUAGCGAUUAGUCGCUUGCUCUUUCCCAAGGACUUCGUUCAAUGGUUUCUGGACAUAUAUCCCUGGCAAGAUGACUUCAAGUCAUCUUUCUGCCCCCGUUAAGCGAGUCUACUUUCUCGCUAUCAAGUCGAUGGAGUUCUCAAAACUCCGAGUAUUUUCCUCCGCUGUUUUCUAUACCAUCAUUUUUUCUUCCCUCCCUCUCACAUCCGCUCGCUCCCUCCGUCCUGUACUCAUUCCGCGUCUCGACUCAUUCGUCACCAUUUCUCUCGCCAUAGUCCUCUCUUCCCUUCCUCUCUCCACAGCUCGCUCCCUCCGUCCCGUGCUUAUUCCGCGUCUCGACGACCCCUCUUCCUUCCACGGGGCAGUCCCAAUAUUUUCCGGUCCUGCCCCACUCGCGUUUUUUCGUUCCUUCACUGAGCUGCCCGUGAGUAAGGGCAGGUCCCGAAAAAUCGGUUACCCGGUUACCAUUGCCCCCGAUUCGGAAACCGCUCUCUCUGGUUCUGCGGCCGACUUGACCAAUCAAAUAUUGGGCACUGGCCAAUCGAACGGUGACUUGAGUCGUGCUGGUGGUGAUGCCGGUGGUGGCAGCAGUGGCAGUGGCAGCAGCGGCAGUGGCAGCAGCGGCAGCAGCAGCGACGGAGGAACAACGGUGACACAGAUUCAGGUGAACAGUCAGACGGCGACGGUAACGGGAUCUGGUAACGUUACACAGAACAACGUCCAAUCAGAAACGGCUUCCGGAGCACCAGCAGGACCAUCGACCAGUAGCAGCAGUGGCAGCAAUACUGGUGAAACGCCAUCUCCAGCACCAGCACCAGCACCAGCAUCAACGUUCAACGCUGCAGGGGGGUUGGCUGCUCUCGGAGGGAAAGGGGAGGGCGGGAAAGGGGAGGGCGGGAAGGGUGCGAAAAAGGGGAAGACAGGGGAGAAAAGGGUUCUGACGAAAGGAGAGGCGGAGAAAGCAGCAGUUGCGGGAGCAGCGAGGGCGGCAGGGCCUGCAGUCAGCGCAGCAGCAGGAGCAGUAGAGGCAGCAGCAGGCGCAGCUGCCGCCGCUUUGCAAGGGGAGGCAGAGGCGCUGGGAGAAGCCUUAGCAGUCGCGCCAUCCUUAUCACUGCUGCCCUGUGCGCCGCCCCUCCCUCCCCUUCCGCCGUUUGCUGCCCGCUUCUUUGCCCCAGCCCCUCCCCCGCCGCCCUGCUUUCUCAUUCCCGCCCUCCCUCCUCUCCCCUCCGCCCUUCCUCCACUCCCUUUCGCUCUUCCUCCGCUUCCUUCCGCCCUCCCUCCUCGCCCUUCCGCCUUCCCCCCACUCCCUUCCGCCCUCCCUCCACUCCCUUCCGCCCUCCCUCCUCGCCCUUCCGCCCUCCCUCCUCGCCCUUCCGCCCUCCCUCCUCGCCCUUCCGCCCUCCCUCCUCUCCCUUCCGCCCUUCCUCCCCGCCCUGCCCCCUUCCCGCCUCUGCCUGCUGCUCCGCCUCUCUCACCGCCUCCCCUUCCUCCCCCUCCAUCUUACGCUCUUCCUCCCAUACCCCCUGUUGCAAUCCCUCCCCAACCCCCUCGCCCUUCCGCCCUCCCCCCUCUCUCUUCCGCCAUUCCUCCCCGCCCUGCCCCCUUCCCGCCCCUGCCUGCUGCUCCGCCUCUCUCAUUGGCUCCGCUCCCCGCCCUGCCAUCUCCCACACCUCCCCCCAGACCCUCCCCUCCUGCAAUUCCCCCCAGACCCUCCCCUCCUGCAGCAAUUCCCCCCAGACCCUCCCCUCCUGCAGCUAUUCCCCCCAGACCCUCCCCUCCUGCAGCUAUUCCCCCCAGACCCUCCCCUCCUGCAGCUAUUCCCCCCAGACCCUCCCCUCCUGCAGCUAUUCCCCCCAGACCCUCCCCUCCUGCUGCAAUGCCCUCCAAACCUCCUGCGGCCCCUCCCCUCCCGUCCGCCCUUCCCACCCUUCCCCCCUUCCCUCCCUUCCCAUCCACCCGGCCUUCCCUCCCUCCCCUCCCUUCCACCCGGCCUCCUCUCCCCUCCGUCCCAUCCGCCCUUUUGCCCCUUCCUCCCCUCCCCCAACAAUCCCUUCCCCCCACUGCCCUCCCUCCUCUCCCACCUGGUGGUGUCCUUCCACCCCUCCCAUCAGCAGCCAUUCCUCCCCUCUCUUCCGCCCUUCAACCCUUCUCCCCCACCCUUUCUUCCACCCUUUCCACCAACCAUCCUCCCCACGCACCUGCUCCUCCUCCCUUAUCCUCCCUGUAACAGGACUUGGACACCUCUAACAAAUUUGCAUAUACCCGAGUAGGGAUUUAUCCCCCAUUCCUUCCCACACACCGAUGUUUUUUCUUGAUUAUCAAAUCACUGGCAGGCUACCAGAUAUUGCUUCUAGAGAAAUAAUAAAUAUAAUAAUGAAAGUAAG